GUAGCAGAGCUUAAAAUGGAGUUGAAAUUGAGGGGAUUACCAGUGUCUGGAACAAAAACAGAUCUUAUUGAGCGUCUGAAACCCUAUCAAGAUCUUAAUAACAAUGGGGUUGCCACUACUAGCUCUGUUACAGUAACCACUUCUACUGGGGCCACAGGUAACACUGGAGAAGUGACUGUGGCAUUUUCUGUUGCAACGCUAAAUAAACCAGUGGCUAAUACGAUAUCCAGCUUUCCUCCAGAAAAAACAUCUACCGGACCUGGAUGCAAAGUAGUAAAUACUGAAAACAUUAGCUCUCCUUUGCCUAUAUCUCCUUCUCCUUCAGAACAAUCUAGUCUAAGCACAGAUGAUACUAGUAUGGCAGAUACUUUCACAGAAAUGAUGACUAUGAUGUCGCCAUCCCAGUUCCUAAGUACUUCACCACUAAGAGCAAAUAUGAGUGAUGAUAAUCAGAAUCGCAGUAGUGGAAGCACCUCAACCAUGGAGUUUGAUGUAGCAGAAAAGGACCGCAAGCUUCAAGAAAAAGAAAAGCAGAUUGAAGAGCUCAAAAGGAAACUGGAACAAGAGCAAAAACUUGUGGAAGUACUGAAAAUGCAACUGGAGGUUGAAAAACGGGGACAACAGCAACAGUCUCAGACUUCUGGUAACUCAGCUGCUUUGGAACAAAAGCAAUUCAGUGCUGCUGUCAAAGAUGAAAAUGCUCUUACUGACUGUUCUAAUACAAGUCAAUCUGUACCUGUAGCUAGUCAUUCUUUAGGACAAUCAGUAUAUACUAGCGGCCAGAAUCCAGUUGCCAAAAAGGCAGUUGUUAUCAAGCAGGAGAUACCCGUGGCCAAAGCUGAACCUCAGAAUGCCAUUUCUCAAUUUUAUGUUAAUCCACAGAGGCAGCCGCAAACUGCAGUUGUUGCCCAACCUCAAGCUUUAUUAACUACCCAAGGAACUGCACAGCUGCUCCUUCCACUAUCUAUCCAGGGACCGAAUUCUACCACUGCAGUGCAGCUACCAGUUGGAAAUAUAAAGCUGCAGGCUCAAUCACAAGCUGGAAUACAGACCCCAUCACAAAUACCUGCUCCUAUUUCUUCCUCUAGCCUGGUCCAGACAGCACCUCAGAUGCAUACUCCACAAUCAAAACAAAAUGCCAUCACGCAGCAUGCACUUGGUCAGACCCAACAAAUCAGAAAGGUUUUUCCACCUACCACAUCAAAUACAGUAUUUUCCUAUCAGACUGCACCAGUUACAACUCCUUCACAAUCUUUUAUUAAUAAAACAUCAAACUCUAACAUUCACACUGGUGGUAAUCAGGUCCCCUCUGUGCAGAAUGGACCAGCUACUCCUAAUAAGCCUGGGUCUCCAUCUCAAGCCCAGCCUUAUAUUGUUCAACAAUCCCUCUUCAACAACACAGUGUCCAAGACAAAAGAUCCUCCUCGUUAUGAAGAGGCCAUAAAACAGACCCGCAAUAUUCAGACAUCACACCGUGAGAUUUCCAGUGCGCACAGUCAGCAGAUGGAUGAUCUUUUUGAUAUUCUCAUCAAGAGCGGAGAGAUUUCCCUUCCAAUAAAGGAGGAACCAUCUCCCAUUUCUAAAAUGAGACCAGUAACAGCCAACAUCACUACAAUGCCAGUGAAUACAGUGAUAUCCCGCCCACCACCACAAAUCCAAAUGGCCCCUCCUCCUGUGUCCUUAGAACCAACAACCAGCUUGUCUAUAAGUUUGGAAAACCAACUUGAAGCCCUCUUGGAUGGAACUUUACCAUCAGGUAAUGAAAUUCCUCAACUGACAAGCAGUAAUGAGGAUAGAGAGUCAUUUUCUUUAAUUGAAGACCUCCAGAAUGAUCUGCUUCAUCACUCCAGCAUUUUAGAUCACUCUCAUUCACCCAUGGAAACAUCCGACCCACAGUUUACCACUAAUAAUUCUUGUCUGUCUCUUGACCUUCCUGAUACAAAUUUGGACAAUAUGGAAUGGCUAGACAUCACAAUGCCCAGCUCCUCAUCUGGACUCACUCCCCUCAGUUCUACUGCCCCCAGCGUGUUUUCCACUGACUUCCUAGAUCCACAAGAUCUACAGUUGCACUGGGAUUAAGCUAUAGCCAAUGAGAGCACGACCUGCGAGACUCUUUACAGCAGAGGUCCAUUAUUAUACCAUUCUGAUUGCAGUUAAGAUGAAUUAAGACAGUAGUGUUCAGAAGAACAAAUGCUUGAAGAUAAUUCCUUAUUGAUUUUCAAGUUUACAACAGUGAAUUACUUUAUGCUCCUAUCAGUAAUGCAGAUCAGGGCCCUCUGAAAGCUGUAUCUCACAAG